AUGUUACACGCUCAGGAGGGCCGGCGCGCGGACUUCUCCGCCAUGGGGCUGCCGACCUCGCUUGCCUCGUUCCUGGGCUCGUAUCCGCACCCGACGUGCGCCUUCCCGGCCACGCCGCUGUACGAUGCACUCAUAACGCGUCAGAUACUGGGAUCCACGGCAGAACGCCAGUAUGGGGCCGUCCAGAGUCCCAUGUCGAACCAGGCGAGCCCGAAUGCUAGCGCGACCGCGGGUGCGCAUGACAAUGCGAGUACGAGUGCAGGCGCGAGCUCAUUGACGAAUCUGCCGACCGAACCAGCAGCGCAUGCCAACCAAGCGUCGUCUCAAGACGUUGCCAGUGACCCGUCCAGCUUCUCUUCCAGUCUGAGCGUACCGUCGAGGCCAGCGACACCCUCCAACCAUGCUGGCGCGACCGCAAGCGACCGAGUGCUCGCGUCGGCCUUUAGAGGAUCCAAUCGAGUGCUUAACCACGGUCAUUCCGGUGGCUAUGCCGGAUCGACCACGUCCAGCGCAACCAGCGCAUCUCGCACCGCAUCCCGUUAUCUCGAAGGGGGCAAGCAGCUGGCCCACGAUCCGAGUCGGACAGCCGAGGGUGCCGUGGCCGCCAUGCAUGAGCAGCACGAGCGGCAAGUAGCCAAGGAUGAAGCUGCCGUGCGCGCCGGUGGCGUCCCGCAACGACGUACGAUCCCAUCUACGUUCGUCGAAGAGCCAUCCUUCGCGGCUUCGGAUCAAUGGGCUGCCAAGUGCAAUGCGCAGACGACGCGUGAUCGAGCCGACGAGGGCAAAGGGCUAGGGCUAGGCGAGUUGCUUACCCCAGAAUGGUCGAACACGCGGUGGACGGAAAUGAUGGCGACGCAGGCGUCCCAAACUUCGAACAAGGAUGAGGAUACUCUGAACCUGCUGUCGAUCCUAGGGAGACAGGAUCUGCAGGGGCUGCUCGCCUUGCUCGUCGAGGUACUGUCGUUCUCACAUGCCUCGACCUCUUCCUCAACCGACCACACUAUCACGAUCUCGCCUCGGUUCCCUCCGCACUCUGUUCACCACCGAUCUCUAAGGACCCGCUCCAAAAUGCAGUUCGACACCCGGCCCAAACUGUCACCGCGCUCCUCUAGAGAAGAUGGCAUCCCCCCCCUCCUGUCAAGCCUCCCAGGGCGAAAAGGCUCGAUCGCCAGUAUCGCGAGUUCAAGUGGCGGUGGUAAUAUCUACACGCUUGGGUCCACAGCGUCCGGAUCUUCCGCCCACGACGAUGGGGAGCCCAUCCUGCACAUUGUCGCAAACUACGUCCCCGAGCACGACGUCAUCGUCUUCACGACACUGGCCUCCAACAUCUUUCGAUCCGCGCCCGAGUCCACACCAGGGUCCGCAGCGUCUACGCCCGCGUCCACCGGCCCCACUCACCGCGCGGGGAGCUUUUUCUCAAGUGCAACGCCCGUCGCUCCGGCAGCGGAGACCACGAGGCCACCACCGCCCGAUGCGCCGAAGCAUCCGAGUCGACCACCUUUGCUCUCACGCGACACCACCGUCAGCUUCUUGUCUACAAUAUCGUCCACCACAACCGCACGACCCGGCCAAGGCUCGUCCAAUGUGACACCUAGCAGCGCCUCUCCGACACCGUCAGCAUUGGAGGACACUACGCCAGACUGCGUGUCUCCAAUUAUAGCAAGCCCGCUCCCAAGCGAUCGUCUGCCCGAGCCCCCUUUGGACGAUCACAGCGCCUCGAAGAGCUCGCUGUACAACGACGCAUCAGGUCAAGAACUGCUCGAUCCACGCGUGCAGAACAUCAACGCCCAUAUGUUCGUGUCAGAGACGAGAUCGAAGCGAAAGCGGACCAGCACCGUCAAAAGAAGCUCUCGCGACGUUGGACUGUCGACGGAAGCUGUGGAGCCCGUUCACGAAGAGUCUCAGUCAUCCGGCGUCUCGAGAGCGCAAACGACUUCGGAUAGUGAACACCAGAGCAUCGCCCAUCCGCAUUAUGAGCGCGAUGGACCGCUGUUGAUGCACGAUGAGGAUGAGUCCGACCGAGAGCUUGACAGACUGAGGGAUCGAACUCGCACCGGAAGCGUGAACGACGACAACGGUGACGAGGACGAACCGGAAGAAGAGCUGGAGGACCAAGCUCUGGAAUUCGAUCCCAGAACACCUCGCAUAGAGGUCGGAGGUCUUCGCAAGUCGCCCCUCUCCCAAUCUGCGGGUCUGGCCACAUUCAUUAGCGUCAUCUCGCAAACGCCUUGUGGUCGAUUGAUCGCAGCCUAUUCAUGGGAGAAGACGACCAUCGGAGCGCUGGGGAGCUGGAGCCAAGAGCUCAGAACCUUGGUAAAUAGUGACCCCCGCAGCAGACACGAUCUGGCGAUCCAGCUGACGCUUCACUGCCGUAACGUGCUCUGUGUCGUACAUGCAGGUCAUGCUUACGCUCUCGAGUCCAUUCCGAGCCGCGUUGUGGUGGGGAGAGGACAGUGUUCUCAUCUACAAUGACGAGUAUGCCCGGCUGCUUGGGUCAAGGCAUCCGCGUCUACUCGGUCUUUCCGGAGCCGAAGGAUGUGAGUGAUCAGUAUCGCGGACUUGCGCAGUGGACGCAUACUCACAACGACCCCUGGGUAUUUUCAUUCAGGGAGUGAAAUUUGGGACACACUCGGCCCACUUGCGGCCAAGGUCAUGCAGGGUGAGACGGUGGCAUAUUAUGAUCAGUGAGUUCCGGCAACACCUUGACGCGAUCCCCAGCGAUCCGCUCAAGUACUGACGUCCCAAUCUGCGACACGUGACGCCUGCAGCCAUUUGCCAAUGCUCCGGAAUGGCACUCUCGAGGAAACGUACCACUGCUGGAGCUUUCUACCCAUUCGUGACGUAUCAGGCUCAGUCGUGGGGUACGAGAACACGUCGUUCGAGACGACAGCCCGCGUCAUUGCGGAGCGUCGACUCGCAACUCUGAGAGAUCUCACCCAAGUGACACAACUCGCCCGAGCAACGGAAGAAUUUUGCGCCAAGACCUUGCAAGUCCUCGCGCUGAACGAGUACGACUUACCGUUCGCACUCAUGUACACGGUCGACCAAGUCAACCCUAGCCAUGGUCAACGCCUCGCCGGCUCGUCAACCGAUGGGGCCCAAUCAAGCCGUGGGAGUCGUAGCAAGAGCAACGGGACAGGAAUGUCGUCGAGCCGGCAGCAAUUCAUACACCUCAAGCUGACGUUACAAGGAACCAUCGGCGUGCCAGAUGGCCAUAAGUCGGCGCCUCCAGAAGUCAAUUUGCAGAUCGAUCCGACACAAGCCUCGAUGCGGACCGAGUCCGAGUCGGAGGAGACCACCUCGACGGCUUCGCAAUCGUCGAUCAACAACACCGAGAGCAACUCGAUCGAGCGCGGGACAGACGUUUGGCCAUUCCUGGAAGCGUGCCAACGUCGCAAGCCCGUCUUCAUCAACGACCUUGGUGGUCGAGCCACAGGUUUCGCGCAGCGAGGCUGGCCGACGCCGUUGAAGCACGCUGUGGUGAUCCCGAUCGUCACGCAAAGCGGUAAUGACACUUCCAGCGCACCGAGAGCUGUGCUCGUCGUAAGCCUAAUGUGCUCGAGGCUUUGCACGCUUCCUCUCUCGCAUCGUACAACUGACGCGUUCGCAAUGCUACACCUUCGUAGUUGGGGAUCAAUCCGCGACGACCUUGGAACGAGGUUUUCGCGACCUUUUUGAGCUUGCUUGCGCGCCACUUGUCGAACGGACUUCUUGCAGUAUCGAUGGCAGAGAACGAUGCGCAGCGGAACGAAGAGCUCGUGCAGCUGGACCGCGCCAAGACGACCUUCUUCAGCAGCGUUAGUCACGAGCUGAGGACGCCAUUGACGCUUAUUCUUGGUCCGCUCGAGGAUGUUCUCUCGAACAAGAGCGGGCUAAGCCCCGAGGACAGGGAGCAACUACAAACUGUGCAGCGUCACUCCAAUCGGCUGCUGAACAUGGUCAAUAGCCUGCUCGACUUUUCUCGCCUCGAAGGAGGUCGCAUGGAAGUGUCGUUCCGACCCAUGAACUUGGCAGCGGUCACGGCCGAUCUCGCCUCGCUUUUCCGUUCCGCGAUCGAGAGAGGUGGCGUGCAACUCAUCGUCAACUGUCCGGCCGACCCCUUCAAAGAGGCCUCCCCUGUCUAUCUUUCGGGCGAGCUGUACGAAAAGGUCAUAUUCAACCUGCUAGGCAACGCGUUCAAGUACACGCUCUCGGGCUCAAUCGAGACUCGCGUCUCGUUCACGGCCCAUUCGGCCAAGGUCGAGAUCAUCGACACAGGCUGCGGCAUCGCAGACACCGAGCUGGACCGCAUCUUUGAGCGGUUUCACCGCGUCGAGGGAACCAGUCGCUCGCGCGAGGGGACCGGGAUCGGCCUCGCGCUGACCCUCGAGCUCGUCAAAGCGCUCGGAGGCAACCUGUCCGUGGCGUCCAAGUUCGGCGAGGGAUCCACUUUCACCGUUGUCUUCCCGCGAGGCUCUGCCCACCUGCCAUCGUCACAGAUUCUCGAGAGCGGCGAAACGCUCACGUUGCCCCCUCGUGCACACGCCUCGUUGGCCAUCAUCGAGGAAGCGGCCAGUUGGAAGGUUGACUCGUCCAUACCCGACAAGGAUUUCGCUCCCAAGCCUAGCAGCACGAGCUCGACCCACAGCUCCGAUGGGGACCUAUUCAACGCCGUGCCCAUCGAUGUCCUCAACCUAAAGGACUCGACUGUCCUGCUGUGCGAUGACAAUCAAGACCUCCGCCGCUACAUCGCCUCUUUGUUGUCGAAGUCGUUCAAUGUAGUGCAAGUUGCGGACGGCCAAGAGGCACUCGAGUAUGCGAUCAAGAAGCCCCCCUCGCUGAUCGUAACGGACGUGAUGAUGCCCCGGCUCGACGGCAACGAGCUUCUCAAAGCUCUCCGCAACAACCCGACGACGGCGCUCAUUCCCGUCAUCUUUCUAAGCGCCCAGGCCGGUUCCGAGGCCCGGGUCCAGGCGUUACUUUCAGGAGCCGAUGAUUACCUGAGCAAGCCGUUCCAGGGACGGGAGCUCCUCGCUCGAUGCAACGUCCACCUGCAGAUUGGUAAAAUGCGCAACGAACUUGAACGCCGCGUCGAGGAGCGCACUCGAGCUCUGGUCGAGAGCGAGAUGCGCUACCGUGGUCUCGCGGAUCGCUACUCGACACUGAGUCUGCUGUCCCCCGUCGGAAUCUACCUGGUCAAUGCCGAAGGGACGCUCAACUAUGCCAAUCCGAGGUGGUACGAGAUAUCCGGCUUUCCGCAGGACAAGCCCCUGGCCCAGUGGCGAGAUUGCGUCCAUCCUGACGACCUGCCAGCCCUGGAGAAAAUUUGGGACGAGACGAUCGCGCUCAAACCAAAACACAUGACCAAACGCGAACUGGUCUCGCACGAAUUCCGGUUCAAGGAUCGCGAGAAUUGGGUUCUGUGGGAGAUGCGCUCCUUCAGCGAGUCCGGGCUGAGACGAGGCUUCGUCGGUAGCAUCACGGAUAUCACCGCCUCAAAGCGCUUGGAGAAGUUGCACCUGCGAGCCGUGGAGCAACGUGCCGCAGAUGCUGAAGAAAACCGACGCAAUACCGAGCUGUUCUUGGAUCUGAGUUCGCAUGAACUUCGCAAUCCGCUGAGUGCGGUGUGGCAAAAUGCCGAGGGUGAGGAGGUCGGCUGCGCGUGACGGUGUGAAGUAUCAGCUAGCUAAUUCGUAUUUGAUCCGCCGGUCUCUACAGUCGUUUCGUCUUCGCUCGAAAAGUUUAUUGAGCUCAUCGACGAGCUGAAGGAAGGCGAAGUGCCGGAGCAGGAUGUGUUGGAACAACUACACGAUGAGAUGCUCGAGAAUGUGGAAGCCGUAGAGUCCAUCAUCCUCUGCGCCAAUCACCAACAGCGAAUCGCAAACGAUAUCCUCAAUGUUUCAAAGCUCAACAUGGGCCUGCUCACCAUCAAUCUGGCGCCCUUCGACGUCACGGCCAAGAUGCAUGAGGUCCUGAAGAUGUUCGAGGUAGAAUGCGCGCAGAAGCAGAUCAAACUGCGCGUCGAAAAAGGUCGCUCGCUCACCGAUCUCGGAGCCGAGUGGCUCAUCGCCGAUUCGGGGCGCAUCUCUCAAAUAUUAAUCAACUUCCUCUCCAACUCGGUAAAGUUCACCACCGAGAACCGCACCCGCGUCAUCACGAUACAUACCGAUGCCUACUCAACUCCGCCGCCGUGCCCGCCAAACGCGCUUCGAGUCGACACCGCCCAAGCGCAAAGUACGCCAAACAACCACGUCUGGCUAGUGGUUGGGGUUCGCGACUCGGGCAAAGGCCUGGGGCCCGAAGACAUGAAGAAGCUCUUUGCUCGCUUUGCUCAAGCCAAUCCGAAAUCAGGUAAAAGCCGGUUCCUACACGGUUUAUCCUGGUGCUUCUGGGUUUGCUUACGAAUGCUUCAUCUUAUCCCUACGACAGAUCAAUACGGUGGAUCGGGGUUGGGCUUGUACGUAUCCCGCAAGCUUGUCGAGCUACACCAAGGCUACAUCGAGGUCGAAAGUGCCGUGGGGCAAGGCGCCGUGUUCCGCUUUGCUAUCCCAGCCGAACGAUCCGGACCCCCCGGCUUCGCCACAACGUCGCCAGCGACAAGCAAAAUAUCCGGUGCCAGCCCGCCCCUAUCGACCCUAGCAGAAAUUGAGCUCCGCUCAAGCGCAAACACAAAGAAGCUGGAGCAGCAGCUGCUGCUGCGGAAGCAACAGCCACCUCACGUACUCGUGGUCGAGGUGAGUUGGAGAAUUGGACGCUCCGUUACGUUGCGGACUGGUCUGACAGUCCCGAUAUUGCGCGCGUCUUCUUCAGGAUAAUGUCAUCAACUCUCGUGUGCUCACGCGUCAGCUCAAACUUAACAACUUCCUGGUCACACCGGCUUUCAAUGGUCAAGGUGAGCAGGAAUCAGCGAAGUGGUCGCCUGUUGACACAUCUGACUAUGUCCUGCAUCUCACGCUUAACAGAGGCGCUCGAUGCCAUCGAAAAGGACGGUGAUUUUUCGGUCAUUCUCAUGGACAUCGAGAUGCCCGUGAUGGAUGGCCUGACCACCAUUCGUGAAAUACGAAGGCGGGAAGCGGCUGGUCAAAUCAAGAAGCGAUAUGUAGGUUCAUGCGGGACCUUCACCCUCUCUGUAAGCCGUUGCAUUAGCUGAUCCAUUCCCUCGUUGCCGCUUCAGCCGGUCAUUGCAGUGACCGGUAACGCUCGGUCCGAGCAAGUCAAAGUGAUUCGCGAGUCCGGCUUCGAUGAUGUAAGCGCGUCAUGCGCAACUGUAUUGAAGAAUGCAAAGGAUGCUGAUGCGACCUUGAUAUGACUGCCGCAGGUUGCUCUCAAACCUUACAAAAUGGCAUCCGUCCUGGCCCAAAUUCAAGUUCUAACUCAAAGGGAGUAG